AUUCAACAGUGUUGGGUCAAGUAGAAGACAGACCCAUAAAAAGAUCCUCCGCACCAGCCACCACGCACCUGACUUUCUCUUCCUCUUCCUCUUCCUCUUCAGAUCUGUAUUGACCCCAGAAACCAAAAAGCGUAUCAAUUUCUUUUCGUUCCGACAAUUAGUCGAUCCAACACAAACCCAAAAGUCUCUUCCUUUUUCUUCUUCUUCUUCUUCAGAUGGACGGUGGUAACGCGGCGGCUGAUACAGAUAUGACGGAAGCUACAGGUGGUGGUGCUCCGUCUAACCCUGCUCCUCAGAUGGCGGGGAUAGAGAAUAUUCCGGCGACACUAAGCCACGGAGGGAUGUUUAUUCAGUAUAACAUAUUUGGGAACAUCUUCGAGGUCACCGCUAAGUAUCAGCCUCCCAUCAUGCCUAUUGGCAAAGGCGCUUAUGGCAUCGUUUGUUCGGCUAUGAACUCUGAAACAAACGAGAGCGUUGCGAUUAAGAAAAUCGCAAACGCUUUUGACAAUAAGAUUGAUGCCAAGAGGACUCUCCGUGAGAUCAAGCUUCUUCGUCACAUGGAUCAUGAGAAUAUUGUUGCAAUCAGAGACAUAAUACCGCCACCGUUAAGAAACGCGUUCAACGACGUUUACAUCGCUUACGAGCUAAUGGACACUGACCUCCACCAGAUCAUACGGUCUAACCAAGGCUUAUCCGAAGAGCAUUGCCAGUAUUUUCUCUACCAGAUCCUCCGUGGAUUGAAAUACAUCCACUCCGCGAACGUGCUUCACCGUGAUUUGAAACCGAGCAACCUCCUCCUCAACGCGAACUGCGACUUGAAGAUAUGCGACUUCGGGCUGGCUAGAGUCACUUCCGAGAGUGAUUUCAUGACCGAGUACGUUGUCACGAGAUGGUACCGUGCGCCGGAGCUGCUCUUGAACUCUUCUGAUUACACUGCGGCCAUCGAUGUCUGGUCUGUUGGUUGUAUUUUCAUGGAGUUGAUGGACCGUAAGCCUCUCUUUCCUGGUCGUGAUCAUGUUCAUCAGCUCCGCUUGCUCAUGGAGCUCAUAGGAACUCCAUCAGAAGAAGAACUUGAGUUCUUGAACGAAAAUGCAAAGCGUUACAUAAAACAACUCCCACCGUAUCCUCGCCAGUCUCUCACUGAUAAGUUCCCCACAGUGCAUCCUCUAGCGAUUGACCUUAUCGAGAAGAUGCUGACUUUUGAUCCUAGACGGAGAAUCACAGUGUUAGACGCCCUGGAACAUCCAUACCUGAAUUCACUGCACGACAUCAGUGACGAGCCUGAGUGCACAAUGCCUUUCAACUUCGAUUUUGAGCAACAUGCGCUCUCAGAGGAGCAGAUGAAGGAGCUUAUCUACCGCGAAGCCCUCGCUUUCAAUCCAGAAUAUCAGCAAAUAGUUUGAAAGAACAAUCAUCGUUUUUGAUUUUGAUUUGGACAACAUUCUUAAAAGAGGAAGCACCGUUGUAUGUCUUUUGUGUAUACUUGUGAGAGAGAUGCUUGUGUGAUCAAUGGGGCUCAAACUUUAGUUUCUUUUGGUCUUUUUUUUCUUCUUCUCUCUCUCUCUCUCUCUCUGUCUACGUAUUUGUAAGUUGUCCUCAUUUUCUUGUUGCAAUCAUUUAAGACAAGAGUUUAAAUCAAUCUCAAAAAUAGUUUUCA